UGUGGGGCUGCAGCUGGAGACCGCGGAGCGUUGGAAAUGACGCUCGGAGCUUUAAUUACCGCAGCCGCCGGACAAGUGUGAGGAAAGCUGACAGGAAAAAGGACAGGAUCGGGGGAGAAGCGAGAAGCUACCCCCCCUUCCCCUCCCAAUUUGGACUGGAGGUGCAAGGAAACUGAAAAGGGAGCCGAACAUAGCCCGGCUGGGGGGGGGGGGGAAGCCGGAAACCUACCGCCUCUUUGCAAUCAACUUUUUUUGGAAACCUUUUUCCCCCUUCCUUUUUAUUGUUGACCAACCAGUGAGAGAAAGUCAGGAGGGAGCGAGAAAGCGAAGGCUCAUACAGGGAAAUAGCUGCACAGUCCGGCCCGGAGCACCACGCGCACACACUCGAGCACACUCCCACACAAGCGCGCACCCUCACCCCCUGCUCCGGUCCCCGGCCCUGGACCCGCCGGCGCGGACUCGGGCGCCGGUGCUCGGAGCCGGUGCACCGCGCACGUCGCGCGCCAGUCCCCCUCGCGCCCCGAAGCGCGCCUGGCCGAGGGAUCUCCUCCGCGUGCCCGAAAGGGGAUAUGCCAUUUGGACAUGUAAUGGUCAGCAAGGGAUCUGAGACUUCCAAAAAAUGAAGCUGGCGACAGGACUGUGGGUCUGGGUGAGCCUUCUCCUGGCGGCGGGGACCGUCCAGCCCAACGCUUCUCAGUCAGUGUGUGCAGGAACAGAGAACAAGCUGAGCUCUCUCUCUGACCUGGAGCAGCAGUAUCGAGCCUUGCGCAAAUACUAUGAGAACUGUGAGGUGGUCAUGGGCAACCUGGAGAUAACCAGCAUCGAGCACAACCGGGACCUCUCCUUUCUGCGGUCUAUUCGAGAAGUUACAGGCUACGUGUUAGUGGCUCUUAAUCAGUUUCGCUACCUGCCUCUGGAGAAUUUACGCAUUAUCCGUGGAACAAAACUUUAUGAGGAUCGAUAUGCCUUGGCAGUAUUUUUAAACUACAGAAAAGAUGGGAACUUUGGACUUCAAGAACUUGGACUAAAGAACUUGACAGAAAUCCUUAAUGGUGGAGUCUAUGUAGACCAGAACAAAUUUCUUUGUUACACAGACACAAUUCAUUGGCAAGAUAUUGUUCGGAAUCCGUGGCCUUCCAACUUGACUCUGGUGUCAACAAACGGUAGCUCAGGAUGUGGACGUUGCCAUAAGUCCUGUACUGGCCGAUGCUGGGGACCCACAGAAAAUCAUUGCCAGACCUUGACAAGGACGGUGUGUGCAGAACAGUGUGACGGCAGGUGCUAUGGACCCUACGUCAGUGACUGCUGUCAUAGAGAAUGUGCUGGAGGUUGCUCAGGACCAAAAGACACCGACUGCUUUGCCUGCAUGAAUUUCAAUGACAGUGGAGCGUGUGUUACUCAAUGUCCCCAAACUUUUGUCUACAAUCCAACCACCUUUCAGCUGGAACAUAACUUCAAUGCGAAGUAUACAUAUGGAGCAUUUUGUGUCAAGAAAUGCCCACAUAACUUUGUGGUGGAUUCCAGUUCUUGUGUGCGUGCCUGCCCUAGUUCCAAGAUGGAAGUGGAAGAAAAUGGGAUUAAAAUGUGUAAACCUUGCACUGAUAUUUGCCCAAAAGCUUGUGAUGGCAUUGGCACAGGAUCACUGAUGUCAGCUCAGACCGUGGAUUCCAGUAACAUUGACAAAUUCAUAAACUGCACCAAAAUCAAUGGGAAUUUGAUCUUCCUUGUCACUGGUAUUCAUGGGGACCCUUACAAUGCAAUUGAAGCCAUAGACCCAGAGAAACUGAAUGUCUUUCGGACCGUUCGAGAGAUAACAGGUUUCUUGAACAUACAGUCAUGGCCUCCAAACAUGACUGACUUCAGUGUUUUUUCUAACCUGGUGACCAUUGGUGGAAGAGUACUCUACAGUGGCCUCUCCUUGCUUAUCCUCAAACAACAGGGCAUCACUUCUCUACAAUUCCAGUCCCUGAAGGAAAUCAGUGCAGGAAACAUCUAUAUUACUGACAACAGCAACCUAUGUUAUUAUCAUACCAUUAAUUGGACAACACUCUUCAGCACUAUCAACCAAAGAAUAGUGAUCCGGGACAACAGAAAAGCUGAAAACUGUACUGCUGCAGGAAUGGUGUGCAACCAUCUGUGUUCAAGUGAUGGCUGCUGGGGACCUGGCCCAGACCAAUGCCUGUCCUGCCGUCGCUUCAGCAGAGGAAGGAGCUGCAUAGAGUCUUGUAACCUCUAUGAUGGUGAAUUUCGAGAGUUUGAGAAUGGCUCCAUCUGUGUGGAGUGUGACCCCCAGUGCGAGAAGAUGGAAGACGGCAUCCUCACAUGCCAUGGACCGGGACCUGAUAACUGCACAAAGUGUUCCCAUUUUAAGGAUGGCCCGAACUGUGUGGAAAAAUGUCCAGAUGGCUUGCAGGGGGCAAACAGUUUCAUUUUCAAGUAUGCUGAUCAGGAUCGAGAGUGCCAUCCAUGCCAUCCAAACUGCACCCAAGGGUGCAUAGGCUCACGUAUUGAAGACUGCAUCGGCCUGAUGGAUAGGUGUAGCGGCCCCACUAGUCAUGACUGCAUUUACUAUCCUUGGACGGGCCAUUCCACUUUACCACAACAUGCUAGAACUCCUCUAAUUGCAGCUGGAGUCAUCGGCGGGCUCUUCAUCCUGGUCAUCGUGGGUCUAACAUUUGCAGUUUAUGUAAGAAGGAAGAGUAUCAAAAAGAAAAGAGCCCUGAGAAGAUUUCUGGAAACAGAGUUGGUAGAACCCUUAACUCCCAGUGGCACAGCACCCAAUCAAGCUCAACUGCGUAUUUUAAAAGAAACUGAGCUCAAAAGAGUGAAAGUACUUGGCUCGGGAGCUUUUGGAACAGUGUAUAAAGGUAUUUGGGUACCUGAAGGAGAAACAGUAAAGAUUCCUGUGGCUAUUAAGAUUCUUAAUGAAACAACUGGUCCCAAAGCCAAUGUGGAGUUCAUGGAUGAAGCUUUGAUCAUGGCAAGUAUGGACCAUCCACACUUAGUCCGGUUAUUGGGUGUGUGUCUGAGCCCAACCAUUCAACUGGUUACACAGCUUAUGCCCCAUGGCUGCCUGUUGGAUUAUGUCCAUGAACAUAAGGAUAACAUUGGAUCCCAGCUACUGCUUAACUGGUGUGUCCAAAUAGCUAAGGGAAUGAUGUACCUGGAGGAAAGACGGCUUGUUCAUCGGGAUUUGGCAGCCCGAAAUGUCUUAGUGAAAUCUCCAAACCAUGUGAAAAUCACAGAUUUUGGACUAGCUAGGCUCUUAGAAGGAGAUGAAAAAGAGUAUAAUGCUGAUGGAGGAAAGAUGCCAAUUAAAUGGAUGGCUCUGGAGUGUAUACACUACAGGAAGUUCACCCAUCAGAGUGAUGUUUGGAGUUAUGGAGUUACCAUAUGGGAACUGAUGACCUUUGGAGGAAAACCCUAUGAUGGAAUUCCAACCAGAGAAAUCCCGGAUUUAUUAGAGAAAGGAGAACGUUUGCCCCAGCCUCCUAUCUGCACUAUUGACGUUUACAUGGUCAUGGUCAAAUGCUGGAUGAUUGAUGCAGACAGUAGACCUAAAUUUAAGGAACUGGCUGCUGAAUUUUCGAGGAUGGCUCGAGACCCUCAAAGAUAUCUAGUUAUUCAGGGUGAUGAUCGCAUGAAGCUUCCCAGUCCAAAUGACAGCAAGUUCUUUCAGAAUCUCUUGGAUGAAGAGGACCUGGAAGAUAUGAUGGAUGCUGAGGAAUACCUGGUCCCUCAGGCUUUCAACAUCCCACCUCCCAUCUAUACUUCCAGAGCAAGAAUUGACUCAAAUAGGAGUGAAAUUGGACACAGCCCUCCUCCUGCCUACACCCCCAUGUCAGGAAACCAGUUUGUAUACCGAGACGGGGGAUUUGCUGCAGAGCAAGGAGUGCCUGUGCCGUACAGAGCCACGACCAGCACAAUCCCAGAAGCUCCAGUUGCUCAGGGGGCCACAGCCGAGAUUUUUGAUGACUCCUGCUGCAACGGCACCCUACGCAAGCCAGUGGCACCCCACGUUCCAGAGGAUAGCAGCACCCAGAGGUACAGCGCCGACCCCACGGUGUUUGCCCCAGAACGGAGCCCACGAGGAGAGCUGGAUGAAGAAGGUUACAUGACCCCUAUGCGAGAUAAACCUAAACAAGAAUACCUGAACCCUGUGGAAGAAAACCCUUUUGUUUCUCGGAGAAAAAAUGGAGACCUUCAAGCUUUGGAUAAUCCCGAAUAUCACAAUGCUUCCAACGGUCCACCCAAGGCAGAGGAUGAGUAUGUGAAUGAGCCACUGUACCUCAACACCUUUGCCAACGCGUUGGGAAAUGCCGGGUACCUGAAGAACAAUGUACUGUCUGUGCCAGAAAAGGCCAAGAAAGCAUUCGACAACCCUGACUACUGGAAUCACAGCCUGCCACCCCGGAGCACCCUUCAGCACCCAGACUACCUGCAGGAGUACAGCACAAAAUAUUUUUAUAAACAAAAUGGACGGAUCCGGCCUAUUGUGGCAGAGAAUCCUGAAUACCUCUCUGAGUUCUCGCUGAAGCCAGGCACCGUGCUGCCUCCUCCACCCUACAGACACCGAAACACUGUGGUGUAAGCUCAGCGGUGGCUUUAAGAUAGAGACAAGCCCGCUCCAAUUUCCCUGCCGCCUCUCUUUCUCUUAUGGUCUUCCUUCUAUUCCCAAGGCCAGUAGUUUUGACACUUCCCAGUGGAAGAUAUAGAGAUGCAAUGAUAGUCAUGUGCUCAUCUAACUUGAACAUUAGAAGGAAGAACUGGAAGAGAAAGACAGGAGGAACCACACUGUUUCUUCAUUUCUCUGCAUGGGUUGGUCAGGAGACUGGAACAGCUAGGGAAGGACCAGCAAAUAUAAGGCAAUACUGCCUGCUGUCAAGGUAGUUCUCAACUUUUUCCCUUUUUUGUCUCUUUCUUUUUCUUUCUUU